AUUUUGAUAAACAUUUGCGAUGGUCAGUUACGGAGUUGGAGACAAAAGAGCUUCUGAAUCUCUCUCUCUUCUGCGUCUCGCCAAAUUUAUUUCCCGAUUCAAUUUGUAGGGUUUCUGCAGAAGAAGGAAACCACCAUUAAACCCUAAGUACGUCACCUUUCAAGCUCCUUCUUCUGUAGGUUUUUUCUGUUCUUCUGAUUCAUGUUUACAAAGUUUUUUUUAUGUCUCUUCUAACUUCUUCUCCUUCUCGCCGCGUAAUCAGUCCUUAUUGUUCUUCAUAAUCGCAGUACCAAUCGCAAUCGUUUUCUUCCUCUCUCGAUCUGUUCCUCGGACGAGAAAACUGGACAACAAACCUAUGCCGUCGACGCCGCUGGCUAACGGUGGUACGCCUCCUAUGGGUGGCGGAGAGAGAACGACGGUUACAACUUCCACGGUGGCGGAUGAUAAGCCUGGAGUUUCGAUGAUGGAGCAGUUGGUUCCGGAAAUUACGACACACGCGCUUAGUUACUUGGAUUAUCCCAGUCUCUGUCGCUUAUCCAUGACUAAUUCCUUGAUGAGGAAAGCUGCUAAUGAUGAUAAUGCUUGGAAAGCUCUUUAUCACAAGGAUUUUACUCUGGAGCAAGAUGGUAUAACACCAGUCAAUGGGUGGAAAGAGUACUAUGCAACUACUAGAGCGAUUAUUAGUGUGAAUACGGAAUUCUUCACCAUCAUUAGAGACAGAGCGCUUCAAGCGAUGGCUCGGUUGUGGUUGAACUCGGACUAUGUCAAGUGUAUCCAUGCCUCUGGCGAACUCUUCUCCGGGUACAAUGAAGUGAUACAAAGCUGGCAACUUUGUUUCAAUUGGGAACAAGGGUUUGACUUUCAGGUCCACACGGUUCGCACUCGGAUACUAACAGACAUGGCUUGGGUCACCAUGAAGGCAUACCUGAACGUGGAUGGUGGUCCAUUCCUAAUAACCAAUGUGUUCGAGUUCCACAAUGGAAGGUGGCACAUGGUUCAUCAUCACAGCUCAGUGAUGCUCAUCGAUGAUCAACAAGUUGUUGUUCAUUGAUGAAUGAUGAUAAUAUCUUUUAGUUUUGGUUUCCUUCUCUUCUUUUAUUUUCAUGGGGACAACAAAUAAAGAAGAAGAAAGAAACUGCAUAUUGGAGAAAUUGGCUUAUUAGAUUUUUAGUGGUUAUUAUUUAGUUUUAACUACAUGUACUGAAUGUUCUAUUUUUUUUUUUUUCUCAGUUGCUGUUGAAUGGUUGGUCUAAUUAUUACUUUUUCCUAAUUUCUAUUUGGUUUUUGGAAUUGAAUCAAUGGUUUUAAUCUAGUAAGUAGAAAGG